AUGAGCCGGAAAAACAUCGUGUUUAAGAAAAUCUCCCGCGAUAAGUCGCUGGGCGUCUACCUGGCCAAGAGAGACUUUGUGGAUCACUGCGACCACGUCGAUCCAGUCGAUGGAGUCGUUGUGAUCGACCCGGUGCAGCUCAAAGGAAAGAAAGUGUACGUGAUGCUGUCGUGCACAUUUCGGUACGGCCGUCAGGACAUGGAAGUGAUGGGCGUGGCCUUCAGGAGGGAUCUGUUCGUGGUGACCCGGCAGGUUUACCCCGAGCUGCAGGACAAAGCGAAGCUGACUCACACUAAGACCCAGGAGAGACUGCUGAGAAAGCUGGGAGACAACGCCUUCCCCUUCUUCUUUGAGUUUCCAGACAACCUGCCGUGUUCGGUGGCUCUGCAGCCCGGACCGAACGAUGUGGGGAAAAAAUGUGCGGUGGAGUUUGAGGUGAAGGCGUUCUGCGCUGAGAAUCAGAGCGAGAAGAUCGAAAAACAGAGCUCAGUCCGUCUCUCCAUCCGUAAGAUCCAGUUCAGUGCAGAGAGCAGUCAGGUGGUUCCAGUAGCAGAAACCACCUUUGAGUUCCUGAUGUCUGAGAAACCUCUGCAAGUCAAACUGAGUCUGCCCAAAGAGACGUUUUAUCACGGUGAGCCGAUCAAAACUAACGUUGAGAUCACAAACUCAUCCAGCAGGAACAUCAAGGACAUCAGCGUGUCAGUUGAACAGGUUACCAACAUUGUUCUGUACUCCAAUGACAAAUACGUCAAAUCAGUGGCUAAAGAGGAAACUAAGGAUGCGGUUCCCACUGGAACCAGUCUGAAGAAGGAGUAUACCCUGUACCCUCUGCUGGAUCACAACAAGGACAGGAGAGGACUCGCUCUGGAUGGACGACUCAAACAUGAAGAUACCAACCUGGCUUCAUCCAGCGUUGUGAAGGAGGACGUGCUGAAGGAGGUUCAGGGGAUUCUGGUCUUCUAUAAGAUCGUUCUGAGGAUGAUGGCAUCUGGGACGGUUGGAUCCAGUGAGGUCUCUCUGGAGCUGCCCUUCAAACUGAUGCAUCCUAAACCUGAACCAGCCAAGGAGGGCGAAUCAGACGACAUGGUGUUUGAGGAGUUUAAACGAGUCUACCUGAAGGGGGUGGUUGGAGACGAUGACGAGUCUCCCACUGAGGCUUAA